AUGCCUCAAAGCGGAGGACCGGUUGAACAAGAUGUUCCCAAACCAAAUCUAGAUCACGAAAAGAAAGAUGAGACAUUCGAAGCACGCCUCGCUCGGAUUCAAGCUUCAUUUCUUUGUGUCCGGACCAAAUUUGCGGCUUUGUGCCAAAGAGUCGAACAAAAAGGAAACAAUGUGAACGAAAAUGACCUCCUUGAAGUGAGGGCCACAAAGGAUGAACUUGGCAAGCUGGAUCGGGAGAUGGACACUUUGAAGAAUGAAGUGGCUGCUAGUGUCAUGAGGACUGGGGAGUACCCUAUCAACCCGAACCUCAACCUCCCCAGCGAACAAUUCAAUCGAGGUCAUUAUAUACAAGCUUAUACAAUACAUAUGUAUGUAUGGGGUUCUCUCAAGCGAGUUAAGUUUCAGAACGACCUCUUAAUUACAAUGCUAUACGAUUCCUUGGAUACGAUUAAUCUCAAGUAUUGGGUCCGCGUGAACUUUCAAUUUUGCAGUCGUGGUAUGAGCAAGCAGAUUAUGCUUGAUUGGUUACGUAUUAACCAUCCUCAGGUACCCAUCAAGUGCGGAUCCACCAAAACCGAAGUUGCUAAGAUAGUGCGUGAGGUGCAACCCCAAUAUUUCCCAGAUCCUGCAAGUGAUACUCCUGCUAUCGAUCCAACUGCCGGCACUUUCUCUCCCGGCAGCUUGAUCAGUUCCGUCUCUAGUAUUCCUUUACCUCCCGAGGACAAGCCCAGUGUCCCCCUCACUCCUUCGAUAACUUUUUCUCCUCCACCUCCGCGCUCGGAGACAGUGGCCAAAAUUGGCGCCCAAAAGAAGAGAUCUGCGACCAACGAGCUUGAUCAUGAACGUCUUUUCAAGCGCUCAGAACCAGGGCAUUCAAUCACCAGUAUACCGGAGGAAUCAUCGCUACUCAAGAAAGAAAAGCGCCAUUCCAAAUCUGGGAAGUUGCAACGUCACAUGCUCAAUGGGGUGUCUCACAACCGAACAAAUCAAGGAAAAGUGGUCUCAAAGUCCGAUCCUGUCGCUGUUGGAAUUCAGGCAUCUGAAAGCCCUCAAAAUCGCAUGCCGCCACUGAUUGACACAUCAAAAAAAGCGGUUUCAAAGUCUAUCCCAACCGCUGUCGAACCUCAGGUCUCAAAAAAUCACACGAACGACAUUCCGCCACUCAUCGACUUAUCAGAGACCAACUGGAUGGACACACCAAAUCCAGUUGUCGGACAGGACAUUCCACCCAUCGAAAUCCCACUUCAAUUCGUGUCUGGUAAGACUUGCAACAAAAGGUCUGGUGUAGAUGUCUUUCAAGAAGAAAGAAACAGGGCGCAGCAAAUUCGGGAGCUUGAGGAAGCAGUGGAGCAUCUCAGAUUGAAACUGGAGAUGAAUGAGAAGUCUGACUUAACCGUUUUGGCUGACGAGAUGCGGCGAGACGAAGAAGUCCGCUUGCUACAGGUGUGUGUUAAACAGCUCGAACAAAAAGUGGGAGAUUUUGAAUCUCUGGAAGCUACUGUCACCAACCUUCAAUCUGAAGUAACCCACCUCCGCAAAGAUUUAACUGCGGCAGCGGAAGAUAUCCGAGGGCAUGAAGAUGUAAUUGCAAGGUUGAUUAGUAUGGAUGAUGGGGAUGAGCUUAGCUCGGCCGCGGGCUCCAGUGCAGCUGGUCUGAUCACCUUUGAAAUUCCACAAAAGAUUGUACUUCACUUGGCGCCUUUAAUUCAGGGUCGUGAUAGUAUAUAUUUAAUGAUUGCGUUGUCACAGUUGUAA